CUUUAUAAGAACCUGUUCAUUGUUCAAGCCCUUCACUUGAUGCUUUCCUCUCUGAUUGUGUAGUAGUGUGUGUAUUUAUUAUCUUUUUCACUGUGUUGUAGUCUUCCAUAGCUUUACUUUUGACCCUCCUUUUUCAGCUUUGCUAGGCUAGCUAUUUCUUUUAGUGGGGUUUGGGAGUGCAGAGUAGAAAAACUCACCACCUUUGAGUUUUUGAUUUAGCAUAUACUGAUAGCUUUGGUUUUUGGCUUUCUGGGUAACUUGGACUAGUGUUUAUGUUUAUUAUGGGGUUAAUGGGAGGUGCAAAGUUUACUACUUCGUGUGUUGUUCUCUUGUUCAUGAACACCCUGUUGGUGGGUUCUGUGAGUGGAAUUGGUGUGAACUGGGGAACGCAAUCAACACACCCUUUGUCACCAUCCACGGUGGUGAAAAUGCUGAAAGACAAUGGCAUUCAGAAGGUUAAGCUUUUUGAUGCUGACCCAAGUAUCUUGGGUGCUCUCAAGAAAUCAGGGAUUCAGGUGAUGGUGGGCAUUCCAAAUGACAUGCUUUACUCUCUGGCUAAUAGUGUGCAAGCAGCUGAAAAAUGGGUUUCCAAGAAUGUUUCUGCGCAUGUUUCCAAAGGUGGAGUAGACAUCAGAUACGUUGCAGUGGGGAAUGAACCAUUCUUGUCAACAUACAAUGGCACAUUUGAAGCCACAACUCUUCCAGCUCUUAAAAACAUCCAGGCAGCUCUAACAAAAUCCGGUUUGAGCAACCGGGUCAAGGUCACUGUCCCUUUGAACGCCGAUGUAUAUCAGAGCUCAACGGAGAAGCCAUCUGACGGAGAUUUCCGGCCGGACAUCAACAAUGUGAUGCUGGACAUUGUCAAGUUCUUAAACGACAAUGGAGCUCCAUUCACUGUGAACAUCUACCCUUUCAUCAGCCUCUACUCAGACCCCAAUUUCCCUGUUGACUAUGCUUUCUUCAAUGGCUACCAGUCUUCCAUAAAUGACAAUGGAAGGACCUAUGACAAUGUGUUUGAUGCUAACCAUGACACUCUAGUAUGGGCAUUGCAGAAGCAUGGUUUUGGAAGCUUGCCUAUAAUUGUUGGAGAAAUUGGGUGGCCUACAGAUGGAGACAGAAAUGCAAAUAUUCAAUAUGCACAACGUUUUAACCAAGGUUUCAUGUCGCGCUAUGCUUCUGGAAAGGGUACUCCAAUGAGGCAAGGUCCUAUAGAUGCAUACUUGUUCAGUCUUGUGGAUGAAGAUGACAAGAGCAUUCAGCCAGGGAACUUUGAACGCCAUUGGGGGCUGUUUUACUUUGAUGGACAACCCAAGUACCCGGUGAAUCUUAUUCGUUCAUCACAACACAAUGGUUUGGUAGGUGCUAGUGGUGUUGAUUAUCUUUCCAAAAAGUGGUGUGUUUUGAAACCCUCGGCAAACCUUAAUGAUGAUCAAUUGGCACCAAGUGUGACCUAUGCUUGUGAAAAUGCUGAUUGCACUAGUCUGGGGUAUGGGACCACAUGUGGCAAUUUGGAUGUUCAGGGGAACAUCUCUUAUGCAUUUAAUAGCUACUUUCAGAGAAAUGACCAGAUGGAUUCUGCUUGCAAAUUCUCUGGCCUUGCCAUGGUCACUGACAAAGAUCCUUCAGGUGGAAGUUGCAAAUUCAGAAUCAUGAUCCAGACAAAUUCUGCAAGGCUAAAUGAGAGUGUUGGGUAUCUAAGAACAGUGCUCUUUGGUUUUGUUACUUUACUACUUUUGUGUAAUCUUCCAUUUUGACUUCAUUGCUUUGUUUUUUUGGAUGAUGGAAGUUGUGUAUUAACUAAUUAAAGUAAUGUAGUGGUCUUGAGAAA